AUUUUAGUCACUAAUCACUCCGCCUCCUGGUUCUUGCAAAUUUGGUUUUUGGUUCUGCCUUAGGUUCAAUUGAUUGAAAUUGAAAUUGGACAGUUUUUUCACAGAGUUAAUUUUUAUGUUUUAAUAAAUUCAAAAUGAUUAAUAUACCGAGAAUUCAAGUGUUUCGGCCCUCUAUGGAAGAGAUGAAAGAUUUUGAAGGAUACAUCAAUAAAAUUGAGAAAUCAGGUGCUCAUAAAGCAGGCCUAGCAAAGAUUAUUCCCCCUGCUGAAUGGAAACCUCGUCGUAAAGAUUCAAAUUAUCAAUCUCAUGAGAUAGAUCAACUUGUAAUAAAAGCUCCAAUUCAACAAAUCGUUCAAGGUCGAUUAGGCCUUUACCAACAGUAUAACAUUCAGAAGAAAUCUUUAACUGUUAAAGAGUUCAAGAAACUUGCUGAGAAUCCGAAAUAUCGGACACCAGAUUUUUUUGACUAUGAAGAGCUUGAAAGGAAAUAUUGGAAAAAUGUUACUUAUAACCCACCAAUAUAUGGGGCUGAUGUCCCUGGCUCUUUGUAUGAUGAAGACGUUGAUGAGUUCAACAUUAAUCGACUUAACACUAUUCUCGAUUUGGUAAAUGAAUCUUACGGAAUCAAGAUCAUGGGUGUUAAUACCGCAUAUCUUUAUUUUGGUAUGUGGAAGACUACAUUUGCCUGGCACACUGAAGACAUGGAUCUCUAUAGCAUAAAUUAUUUACACUUCGGUGCGCCAAAAUCAUGGUAUUGCGUCCCCCCAGAGCAUGGUAAACGUCUCGAAAGGCUUGCUGCUGGCUUUUUCCCUUCAAGCGUAACUUCUUGUCCAGCUUUCUUAAGACAUAAGAUGACAUUAAUUUCUCCAGCAAUAUUGAAACAAUAUUCUAUACCAUAUAACAAAAUAACUCAAGAAGCUGGAGAGUUCAUGGUUACAUUUCCUUACUCAUAUCAUGCUGGAUAUAACCACGGCUAUAACUGUGCCGAGUCUACUAAUUUUGCAACGGAAAGAUGGGUUGAAUAUGGAAAACGAGCUACAAGGUGUAAUUGCCGUAGUGAUUCAGUUAAAAUUAGCAUGGAGGCUUUUGUCAAAAAAUAUCAACCUGAACGUUAUGAUCUCUGGCUCCAAGGUAAAGAUGUUGGACCUCAUCCAGAAGAUCCGACACAUAUCUCACCUGCGCCUUUACCGUCUGAUUACGAACUUCAAGUUCUAUCCAAAGUGAGUAAAAGUAAACGACACCCGCCUUACAAACCUGACCCAGAAAUAUCAGAUGCAGAAUCAAUGGAUAAUCAUUGUGAAGCUAUGCCAACAUUUCCAACAAAAGCUGCUCGUAAACACUUCGAAACUCCUGGGCCAUCAGCAACAAUUUCACACCAAACAGAUUCAAAGCAUGGUUUUAUUGAUAAUUCUGUUACAAUCGGAGAAUCUGAAUAUCUCAGAACUAGCCCACCAAAUAUAACAGAUGCUGUCAAGAGAAUAAAACAUCGAUUUACACCAAAAAGUGGAUUAACGAAACGUUCUCGUAAAUCAUCGACUGUCUCUUCGACUUGCUCCAUUCCUCCAGAAUCAAGUUCAACCAAAAUGAUGCCAACUAAUGCACCUCCAUUUAUGAAUCCAACUCCUUUCAUCAACACGAAUCCCAUUGCUGGGCCUUCAUAUAUGCACUCAAAUUUGUGCACUCAACCACCGGAAAGUGUGUUACCUUUAACCUGGGUUACUAAACCAGGAGCAUAUUCUGGAGCCUUACAAUUGAUCGAUAAAUUUCUAAAUUGUGAUCUGACAUCUUCAGUGCCAUCAUCUGCUACAUCUUUCUAUCCAACAAAUCCAAAUUUCAAUCUAUCAGAAAAUGUAGAAAUUUCUUCUUUACCAUACAACGGAAAUUCACAGGCUAGUGCAUCGAAUGACGAUGAUGUCCCAACAGAUUUAUCGAUGAAGUCCAAGAUAGUGCUUAAUGAUGACUUAUCUAAGCUGUUAGCCGAUGAGACCUUAAGUCGUGAUAUGAGAGAGAUCUUAAAGCGCGUGCCUGUCCAACCCUACCUCUACCAACAUUUACCCUACAGUUUUUUUGGUGAACAGAUCUUUAAUUGUUACAUAUCAAGUAUAUUUCCUCAUUGUUCGAUAUGUAUAAUAAUGAGAAAGUUUGAAAUCCAAGAUGAUUGGGUUGAUGCACAUUAUAAAAUACCUACCUCUAGUCCAAUCAUACUUCCAAGUGCUGCUUUUGCCUUUAAGGUGAAAGAUGCUACGCCAAAUCUUGAAGAUAUCAAAUGUUCCUCAUUGCUAGUUUGCGCGGAUUGCAAAAUUUGUGUACAUUCAAUCUGCUAUGGAGUCCACAAUAAAUUAGAUGUUGAUAAUCGUGCAAAUUGGAGAUGCGAUCGCUGUAUAAAUGAAGACUAUGGUGUAAAUUGUUGUCUCUGUCCAUUGCGAGGAGGUGCUCUUAAAAAAACAAAAGAUGACAGUAAAUGGGCUCACAUAACUUGUGCAUUAAUGCAACCUGGGGUUACUUUUUUAAAUGGAUUUAAUAAGCAACCUAUAGAUAUUAGUGGAAUUAAAAAAAAUAGAGCAAAUGCACCCUUAUUUAAAUGUAUAUAUUGUCAGAAAACCAAUAAUAAACUUACAGACUAUAUAAGUGGCUACUGUAUUCAAUGUUACUUAGCACCGAAGUGCUCUGUAAAAUUUCACACAACCUGCGCUUACUUGAAUGGUGCCAAAUUUGAAACGGACGAUUGGCCUGACCCAAUUAGAGUGUAUUGUACAAAGUGCAUCGGAAGAACAUCUGGUAAACAUCUUGGCCUGCCGGGCGAAGAGGACGAGGUAAACUUGGGAACCAUCGUCUUAGCAAAGCAUAAAAAUCGUCGUUAUUAUGAAGCUACUGUGAUGAACAAAACAAGCCUGAUUUUACAUCACGCUCAUCUUGAGGAUAACUCAAUUUUACAAAUUUUAAAAACGUCUGAUAUUGUUGACCCAGAUAUUGAAAGGACUGGAAUCCCUGAAAUCGGUGAUCCAAUUACAAUAUUUUGGGAGAAAACAAAUCAAGCUGGAAAAUAUGCUGGCAACCACAAAUCUAUUCAAUAUGUUCUCAAAUUUGAGGACGAAUCCAUAAUCAAAUGUACAAGAGAAUCUUUUUAUCGUCUGGAUGACGAAAUUCCACUAAAAGUUCAACAAAAACGAUCUCGAGCGACGGAUGUUAAAAACGAAAGUGCAUUCUGGGCCGCAAAUCUUAAAAAAUUCAAAACAACAAUAAUUAACUCAUAAUGUAUAUUUAUACUCAUUAUUUUUGGGCGCGAGCAACAAAAUCAUAAAAAUCAUCAAAAUCAACUUUUCAAAAAAUCAAAAACAAAUCAUUUAAUUUUGCCUAUCUUUUUCUCCUCGUAUUACUCAUAAUGAAAAUAUCAAUAGUAUUAUCUCGUACUUCAUUCUGUUGAAACUCUGAUGCUAUUAAAAUGCAUGUAAUCUUAUCUAGUUUGUUUGAUUUCUUCUCACUCCACAACGAAUUAAACCAUAUGUUCACCCCUCAAA